UUUCCUGUUGUUUUAAAAACUCACAAGCUACUUGCUUCAGCACCGCUGCAACUUCCGCUUUAUCUCAGUUCACCCGUAAACAGCUGUUUUAGCUUAAAGUUAAAUAAUAAACGAGCGAAGAUGAAUGUGAUCGAUCAUGUGCGGGAGAUGGCGGCGGCCGGGCUGCAUUCUAAUGUCCGGAUCAUCAGCAGUUUACUGCUUACCAUGAGCACCAACAACCCUGAACUCUUCUCACCGGCUCAGAAGUAUCAGCUGCUGGUGUAUCAUGCGGACUCAAUCUUCCACGAUAAAGAGUACAGGAACGCCGCCUGCAAAUACAACAUGGCUUUACAGCAGAAAAAAGUGCUCAGCAAAACCUCCAAAGUGCGGCCGUCCAGUACAGGUGGCACAACUUCUGCUCUGCAAGCACAGAAUUUGCCAUCAGAGAUUGAAGUGAAAUAUAAAAUCGCAGAGUGUUACACUAUUCUGAAGCUGGAUAAAGAUGCCAUAUCUGUGCUGGAUGGCAUCCCUUCUCGACAGAGAACACCAAAGAUCAACAUGAUGUUGGCGAAUCUUUACCGAAAGGCGGGUCAGGAGCGUUCAGCUGUUACAAGUUACAAGGAGGUUUUAAGACAGUGUCCGCUGGCUCUUGAUGCUAUAAUUGGGCUUCUGUCUCUGUCCGUGAAAGGGGCGGAGGUCGCCUCCAUGACGAUGGACGUGAUUCAGAGCAUCCCGAAUCUUGACUGGCUAUCUGUUUGGAUUAAAGCACACGCUUUUUUGCAUGGAGGAGACAAUCAGAGGGCAAUCAACACUAUUUGCUCUUUGGAAAAGAAGACUCUGUUGAGGGAUAAUGUCGAUUUGUUGGUCACACUGGCGGAUGUGUACUUUCGAGCUGGAGACACCAAGAACUCCAUCUUGAAAUUUGAGCAGGCACAGAUGCUCGACCCCUACCUGAUCAAAGGCAUGGAUGUGUAUGGGUAUCUUAUGGCCAGGGAAGGUCACCUAGAAGAUGUCGAAGUUCUAGGAGGACGGCUUUUCAACAUAUCUGACCAGCAUGCCGAACCCUGGGUCAUUUCAGGAUGUCAUAGUUUCUACAGUAAGCGGUAUUCUCGUGCCCUGUAUCUGGGAGCUAAGGCCAUUCAGCUAAACAGUAACAGCGUGCAGGCACUUCUCCUGAAGGGGGCAGCACUGCGUAACAUGGGCCGAGUGCAAGAAGCUAUCAUACACUUCAGAGAAGCCAUGCGAUUGGCUCCCUGUCGUCUGGACUGCUACGAAGGUCUGAUCGACUGCUACCUGGCUUCCAAUGGCAUUCGGGAGGCUAUGGGAAUGGCGAACAAUAUUUACAAGACGCUGGGAGCGAACGCCCAGACCCUUACCAUCUUGGCCACAGUGUGCCUGGAAGAUCCCGUGACGCAGGAGAAGGCAAAAACGCUGCUGGACAAAGCCCUCGCUCAACGACCCGACUACAUCAAAGCGGUCGUGAAGAAAGCAGAGCUCCUCAGUCGGGAGCAGAAACACGAGGAAGGGAUAACCCUUCUCCGAAACACAUUAGCCAAUCAGAGCGACUGUGUGCUGCACAGAAUGCUGGGAGAUUUUCUUGUCGCUGUUAAUGACUAUCAGGAGGCUAUGGAUCAGUACAGUAUAGCACUAAGCCUCGAUCCAAACGAUCAGAAGUCUCUGGAGGGCAUGCAAAAGAUGGAGAAGGAGGAGAGUCCCACAGACGCGACGGUCGAGCUGGACGGUGAUGAUAUGGAGGGCAGCGGGGAGGAGGGAGAUCUGGAGGGCAGUGACAGCGAAGCGGCACAAUGGGCCGAUCAGGAGCAGUGGUUUGGCAUGCAGUGACCUUCAUAGACUCUCUGUACUUCUAUCUGAUUUGCAGGUCACUAUAUAGUAAAAAUCACAUCCACAAUCAUGUAGUUUUGUGCAAGGAUUCUCAUUACUGACCUCUGGUGGUGAGUUACGCACAGUGUCAGUUUAGAACUUGUGGAUGGCACUAUCAAGGUGACUUUUCUUAUCUUAAGCCCCAAUUUUGGGGGGUUUCUUAAUACACCGAUUUUUCAGAGAAACUAAUAUAACAGAAAUAAACAGGGUGAGACCAAACCACAAGAAAUGGGCGAUAUUUGUUGGAUUACAUUUACAAAUAUUGUGCCCUUUAUUGAUUAAGAAGAACCCAUGGUAGACAGGAUUUGGCAACUCCUAUAUGUGCCAUGGAUUUAUAAAUCUCAAACCUGUAGUUGUUGUGCAUGUUUAAAAAAAAUUUUGUUUCCACAAAAAAAAAAAUGUUAAAGCUAGAAAACUAAUAACAGAAAACUUGUGGGCUUUAAAGAAUUUGCCUAAGCAGGUGUAUCUUAUAAAACAUGCCCUUCAAAAUUAGACCGGAACAAAUUGAAAGCCUAUUGUUGGGACUAUUAUGAUUUUUUUAUGGCUGUCAAAAUAUUAAUUGUGAUUAAUCGCAUACAAAAUAAAAGUUUGUGUUUGCAUAAUAUAUUUUGUGUAUAAAUAAAGACACAGAUACAUGUAUAAA